AUGUACACCAACCAAACCCAAUCUCCACCCUCCCAACCCAAACACGAACCUUCGGACUCUACGCCUACUAAACCCGACAGCUUAGACCCCGCAACCUCUUCCACCUCUAAAUCCAAACCCCAGGAAGACAGGAAAACGGCAAAGAGGCCCAGAGAACAAUAUAGCUGUGUCGAAUGUUUCCGUCGUAAACAAAAGUGCGAUCGUCGAUUUCCCUGUAACAAUUGCAUCAAACGGAGGCUGCCCGAACGAUGUGUUCCUCCACCUAGUGUUAGAGGGGGUCCGGAGUCUCCUACUCCUUCCGAUAGCGGGAUGGUUUCGCAUAGGCCUAGUGUCACGAGGACUACUUCGGAGGUGCAACUGACGGCUGGGGCGGGCGGGUUCAAGAGACAGAGGACCGAAGAUGUGGAUUCUUGCGACGAGAGGAAAAUCGAUCAUCUUGCCCGCACCACUUCGAGGAUUGCGAGGUUGGAGAGGAUUUUGGCGUUGAAUGAUGCAUCUUAUCUCGAACAGCGUUUAGCAUUGGCUGAAAAAGCGGUGAAAUUGCGGCUGGGUGAGGAAGCGCGCGGUUCGACGAGGGAUGCUGAUGCGACGGGCGAUGCUUAUUCGAGAAGAUCAAGCUAUGUCCCUGAAGAAAACGAGGGUGUGGGGCAUGCAGAUGGGCAUUUGGAUGAUAAUGAUGGCUUCCUGGGAACGUCGGCGUUGGAGGCUGUACCGUUGCAGUUGAAGAAUGGUCUAGCAAAGGCCGGGGUUGCUGGGGAUGUGGCUCCACAGGCAUUGCUCAGCUACAUCCAUCCCAACCCUACAAGAAGAGGGUUUCCAAUCCCCUCCGCAGAUGUGCAAGCGAUCAGAGCAACUCUACCCUCACGAGAUCAGUGCGAGAGGUACUUUGACGCCUACUUCGCACAUUACAACUGGGCGAGGCUGCCUCUGCACGAAGCAACGCUACGCGAUCGAUUCCGGCAAUUCGUGGCGGGAGUACCCAGUCCGAGCGAUGUUAGAAUGGAUGCGGAAACCCUCCCCUUCGUUGCUCUGGUGUUAGCGGUGAUGACGCUGGGAAGUGUCCCACCGAUCGUACAACCUCUUUCUUCUGCCACGUCACACGCCUUUUUCUGGGCAACGAAAAAGGCGUUGGUCUUGUGCGAAACGUUAGGUCUGGCAAGUCUGGAUUCUUGCUGGGCCCACGGAGUACUCGUUAGGUAUCUCGAUGUCAUCAGGGUCACAAGGGCAAGUUGGCACGAGAUUGGAAGUUGGAUUCGUGAUGCACUCGAUUUAGGGCUGCACAGAGAUGGAAGCUCUUUUGGAUUGCCCAAAGAACAAGUUGCGGCGAGAAGGAUCCUCUGGAGUCAUGUGAUACAUAAUGAUCGCGAAUGGAGUAUCAUUUUGGGCAGGCCAUUGACGAUUACGUUUUACACUACCGAAAUGCCGACACGGGAGGACCUGGAACCGUUGGGUUUCGCCUGUCAGACUUAUUUGCUGGCGAGGAACAGGUUUACGGCGUGUUUGGAGAGCAUUACGCAUUGUUUCGAGGAGAGAUCCCAGAGUAGAGGUCCAUCAGGCAGGACGUCGAGAGCGUACUAUAGAGUGUUGGAGGUGGAAGAUAUGAUUGCUGAAUUCGUCGAUUCGCUUCCGCCCUACCUGGCGCCUAAUUGGUCGAGUAGUGGCAAGAGUAAGACGGAUACGAGUCUGGAUCAGGACCAUCCCUUGCUGCCAUUCUAUAGGUACUUGAUUCUGGGAGAAGUGUGCUUCUACCGCUCGCUGCUGCACCGGCCUUACUUGUUGAGGCCUGCGUCGAACGGCAAGCAUCCCUUCCCGGAAUCGCGACGAGUAUGCGUAGAGAUGGCCCUGAACGAUCUUCGGUUACGAAAAGAAUACGCAAGGAUACUCAGCAAGGAACAAUUGGCACAGUCGUUCGGUGGAGCCUACGCCCUUUUCAACUCUGCGAUCGUUGUCGGGAUGUCGCUCUUAAUUGGGUUCAGUUUAGGGGAGAGGAUAGAUACAGUGGAUCUCAACGAAAGGAUUGGAUAUUUGCAGAACUUUAUUACUCAACUGAGGCGAAAUUUCGAUGCAGGCAAUGUGGAUGCUUCGGCGGAGAGAGAACAGAUGGUGAUCGAGGUGCUAGUCUCGAGACUCGAGCCAUUCUUGCCGAGAGAUUUAGCAAAGAGAAGCAAAGGAGAGUUGGCAGCGGCAAAGGGUAGUAUGCGGGCAACAAUCAUGGCCGAUCCUGCGGUAAGGAAGGCUGCUAGGGUGGAGCAGGAGAAACAGGCGGUGGAUAGUUUGAGGAUGUUAAGUAGUAGUUUACCUGGAACGCCCGUGAUGUCGGGGAACAGCGCUAUGAUUCAGGGCAUGGGUGCGGGGCUCGCUAGUCCUUCGAAUAUGGCAGGCGCUGGAGGAUUCGAUGCGCAAACACUCCCCCCAAUGAUGGCUGCUGCUGGAGGUGCGGGAGGUGGUGUAGCAGGCGGAUCAACCAACCCAAUCGACCCUUACGGCUGGUUACUGACUCCAACAGCACUAGAGAGUCCAGAAGCCGCCAAAUCAAACUCAACCAGUACAAGUACCGCUCAUACUCCUGUCAACAUCCCUCCCGACUCAAACACCAACACCAACACAAACACUGGGAAAAUGGGCGCCACUCCAACACCUCACAACCCGCCUGCUGCACCAGCUGCACCACUGCCACAUGCACAUUCUCUCAGCGGCAGGGGGCAAUUUAUGGCUGGUGCUUCUCCAAGCCAAAUUGCAGGUGGAAUGGCUAGGGUAAGUGGUACAGCGGGAGAAGGACAGAUGUUUGAUUGGGAAGGGAUUUUACAAACAAUUGGAAGUGGUUGGACGGGGGAUGGGACGUUGGAGACUGGGAUGGAAAGUUUGUUUGGUUGA